UUCCCUUAUUCUCUAAUAUAUUCUUUAAAUACCCAAAAGUAGAGAGUUUGUUUUUAUUGGUUUUGAAGGCAAAAUUUAUCUGCUUUUGUCUACCUAACCCUACAGUUAGAGCAAGUAGUAGAGUUGCAUUUUCUUUUACAAGAAAAGGAAAUGUAUCUAAAUACUUACAAAACCCAGAGGUAGAAUAGCACCAAGUGUCUUUGCAGUUUUUUGUCUUUUUCUUAUUGGGUUUGUUUGAAUAUGCUGGGAAAGAGUAAAAAAGAAAAAAGGAAAAAGAGCAAUAGGGUUCUUUCUCUCUCUGUCUCCUUGCGUCAUCGUUGAAUCAAAGAGAGUGGGAGAGGGUCUCUCUCUGCAAAAGAGAAGAGGAAGAGGAAGAGGAAGAGCAAGAAAAGAGCUGCUUUGACUCUCUCUCUUUAGCUCUUUCAAAUUCACACUUUUGCGUCGGUCUUUUCACGUUCACCCAGUUAUUGCAUUUAAGUAACUGAAGCUUAUUUGGGUAUCCCGGAGAUUCUUCUAUCAGCGUUUAAAUCUUCAGAAUUCCCUGUUGAAGUUUUAGAGAGAAGCGUGGAUCCAUGGGUAACUGCUGCGUGACUCCAGCUUCAAGCUCUGAGAAUAAGAAUAAGAAGAAAGCCAAAGGUGAAGACAAACAGCAAAAUCCAUUCUUUGGCGAUGAUUAUGUUGUGAAAAGUGGAUCUGCUCGUUUGGAUAAGCUCCUGGUCUUGAAAGAACCCACUGGCCGUGAUAUCUCUGCACAUUACGAUCUGGGUGGCGAGCUUGGCCGGGGUGAAUUUGGGAUUACAUACUUGUGUUCUGAUGUAAGCAAUGGUGAAAAGUUUGCUUGUAAAUCUAUAUCCAAGAAGAAGCUAAGGACUGCAGUGGAUAUUGAGGAUGUGAGGAGGGAGGUUGAGAUAAUGAAACAUUUGCCUUCCCAUCCAAAUAUUGUCUCUUUGAGGAGUACUUAUGAGGAUGAUAGAGCUGUGCACAUUGUAAUGGAGUUAUGUGAGGGAGGGGAGCUGUUUGAUAGGAUUGUGGCUCGGGGGCACUACACAGAAAGGGCUGCUGCUGCAGUUAUGCGAACUAUUGUGGAAGUUGUUCAGAUGUGCCAUAAACACGGAGUUAUGCAUCGUGAUCUCAAACCGGAGAACUUUCUAUUUGCAAAUAAGAAGGAAAACGCCCCCUUAAAAGCAAUUGAUUUUGGAUUGUCAGUCUUCUUUAAACCUGGUGAGAGAUUUAAUGAGAUUGUGGGUAGUCCUUAUUACAUGGCUCCAGAGGUUUUAAAACGCAAUUACGGCCCAGAAGUUGAUGUCUGGAGUGCUGGAGUUAUUCUUUAUAUUUUACUUUGUGGUGUCCCACCUUUCUGGGCAGAAACUGAGCAAGGGGUAGCGCAGGCAAUUAUUCGCUCUGUAAUUGAUUUCAAGAGGGACCCAUGGCCUAAAGUUUCUGAUAAUGCAAAGGACCUGGUGAAGAAAAUGCUUAAUCCUGAUCCUAAGCUACGACUUACAGCUCAGCAAGUGCUCGAACAUCCUUGGUUACAAAAUGCAAAGAAGGCUCCAAAUGUCUCACUGGGUGAGACUGUGAAAGCAAGGCUCAAACAGUUUUCUGUGAUGAACAAGCUGAAAAAAAGAGCACUCAGGGUUGUGGCUGAGCAUCUGUCAGUGGAGGAAGUGGCAGGCUUAAAGGAGGCAUUUGACAUGAUGGAUACUGCCAAGAGAGGCAAGAUUAACAUUGAGGAACUAAGAAUGGGGUUGCAAAAGCUUGGACAGCCGAUUCCUGAUGCAGAUCUUCAAAUCCUAAUGGAUGCUGCUGAUGUUGAUGGUGAUGGAUCGCUGAAUUAUGGAGAGUUUGUCGCAGUUUCAGUGCACAUUAAAAAAUUGGCAAACGAUGAGCACCUACAUAAAGCUUUUGCCUUUUUUGAUCGAAAUCAGAGUGGUUACAUAGAGAUUGAAGAUGUGAGAGAAUCCUUAAAUGAUGAAAUAGACACCUGUAGUGAGGAUGUUAUCAGUGCCAUCAUGCAUGAUGUUGAUACAGACAAGGAUGGGCGCAUAAGCUACGAGGAGUUUGCAGCAAUGAUGAAGGCUGGCACAGACUGGAGAAAAGCCUCCAGGCAAUACUCGCGAGAAAGAUUCAAUAGUCUGAGCUUAAAACUGAUGAGAGAUGGAUCAUUGCAGGUAGCCAGUUGAAGGUAGAAUGAGCAAAGGGAAGGAAAAAAAACUAAUGGCAUGACGGAAGAAAAAGAAUCCUCUUUGUUGUUGAGUUUCAUGAAAUUACUAUCAUCUUUCCUUUUUCAACUUCAUGGGAUGUUUUGGAUAGGUAGGAUUAGAGCAAUUGCCUUAGUUUCUUUUGAUGUGCUUUAGAAUUUGUUUAUUCUGAGGUGAUUGCAGGAGAGUAAUUGGACCACAAUUAUGUUGUUGUAAAUAUGUGAUGAGUUGUUUAAUUGGAUUAAACCAAUUUGACACCCAUUCCAUUCACAUUUCUAUUUUCUAUAUAGAAGCCAUGCUUUUAUGGCAGUAACCUUGGUCUUUA